UCCUACCAUUCCUGGGAUUCUUCAAUUCAUUCAUACCCCUGUUGCACCGGCCACAUACACCGCACCUGCACCGGCCGAAAGGCCGGGUCCAGGAUCUCGAUCUCUUGGGCGGCCCCCGUGAUCCCCAAGCAGAUAUCCCUGUCCUCCCACACAAGGUGCGUACGGCCACGACCGGGCACGAGCCGACUCGCCUCUGACGGUUCAUGGAAUAUGAGGCUCGCGGGUGCAAAUCCGGUCAAAAUCUGCAGCUGCACCGAGCAAAAGCACAUGCUCUGCUCCUAAGCUGGCCCUCCGCGUCGUUCAACGAGCCUGCUUAGCAAGCAAGGAGCCGCCCUUCUUGCAUCUGUAUAUAGCUCAGCUCCCAUUUUCUUGCAACCUUCCCUUCUUAGCCUGCCGGAGUCCUUUCCUGCUGAUUCGAUUCCUCAGCUUAUGAUCGGAGCAGUUAAUAUUCAGGGGAAGUUCUGAGCCUAAACUCUGGUUCUCGAUCCCAUCGCAAAAAGAAGCUUUCGCGGUACAUUCUCACCGGUGCAUGAUGGAGAGGAGGGCGGCGAGGAGAGGCGCUCCUCACGGCAAGGGAGCAAUGCACGGGGAGCACAAGCAGCAGCGCCGGCCGGGGACGGUGACGAGCCGUAGCCAUCAGGGAUCUCCGCCCACGCCGCCGGGCUACUACACCGCCGAGCUGGUGAUGGCGCUCCUCUUCGUGGCCGCGUCGCUGGUGUUCCUACCGCUGGUCCUGCCGCCGUUGUCGCCGCCGCCGUUCCUGCUGCUGCUGGUGCCCGUGGGCCUGCUCGCUGUCCUCGUGGCGCUGGCGUUCGUCCCGCUCGACGCGCAGAGCCAUCUCGCCGCCUCGUCCCCUUUGUAGAAAGGCCAUUUUUGUUUUGCUGAUAUAUUUCGAGCUGGUUUAGAUUAGCUAGCGUACAUAAAUUGGUACUGGUUUCAUUACCUUAUCCUGAAGACUAAAUUUGGAGUGUGUAUUAUUUUUA